AUGUCAAUUACGGCAUCAAGCGGCCUCAUGUCGAACUACUCCCGUCUCUCCGAUCACCGCUCCUCUACGGACGAGGAAAAUGAAAAAGAGAUGCAUCUACGAUUGCAAUCCGAUGUCGAGGCUGCCGACGGUCACAGUCAUCGGACGGUGACAGAGAAGAAGCCGUCCCGCUGGAUUGACGGUCGUACCGUCUCCGAUGCCAUUAUCGGUCUUUCAGACGGCAUGACAGUCCCAUUUGCACUCACGGCGGGACUAUCAGCCUUGGGGGAUACCAAGGUGGUCGUCUUUGGUGGUAUGGCAGAGCUUAUCGCGGGCGCCAUCUCCAUGGGCUUGGGUGGCUAUCUGGGUGCAAAGAGCGAAGAGGAAUCCUACAAGGCUACUCUCAAAGAGACUGAAACUCAAACCAUGACCGACCCUGCCUCCGUUUCUACCACGAUCGAGGAGAUCUUCGAGCCAUACGAGCUGCCCGCCGAACUAGUCUCCCAACUGACCAGCCAUCUCUCCGCCUCCCCCCUGCUCCCUUCGUUCCUGAUGAACUUCCACCACACCCUCCCUGAACCUUCCGGGUCUCGCGCCGUGAUCUGCGCCCUGACUAUUGCUCUGGGCUACUUCAUUGGCGGCUUCGUGCCGCUUCUACCUUACUUCUUUGUCGGUCCUCGUGAUGCCUUUGUCGCGCUGCGCUGGUCUAUUGCCACAAUGGCAAUUGCCCUGUUCCUCUUCGGGUACGGCAAGACCUGCUUCGUGAGUGGGUGGAGUGGGCGCAGAAAUGUGCGUAAGGGUGUAAUCGGUGGCUUCCAGAUGGUGUUGGUGGGUGGUGUGGCAGCCGGAUCCGCCAUGGGACUGGUCAAGGCAUUCCAAUUGCUAGCGAAUGGAUCAGAACAUGCCAAACAUGACUAA